UAACAUAUUGAUCGUACUAUAACYCUUAACAACUUCAUAGACUUCACAGAAGCAGGACUAACAGCAACGCGAAAACCAAGAAAGUGAACCACAUGCUUCUUUUUUCGCUCACUACAUUAUGCGCAUUUCUUUGCCUGGCAACCGCUGGCCGGCACAAUGCUAAAAAGUGUGCGAAAUCGAGCAUGAAAGAUUGUGCCAAAGCAUACAAAUCUGCUGUCAAGAGAGGAGACGAUCAUUGUAAACGUCUUCAGGUAAUGAUUACUUGUCUGGCAACAAACGAUCCUAAUUGCGUAGGAACAGUCAUCACAAGCUUCAGGUUUUGGAUGCUGCAAAUGGGCUUUAUGGACGUCAAGAUGAAGAAAUGCCCAGAUCUUGAAACAGCAAAGCUGAAAGCUAUUGUAAYGGCUUCCAUUCCAAAGGAUAAAAGCGUUACUUAUGCUGAUUCACUUGAAUCUGAUAGCGCUGAUAUGCCUUGCGCCCGUGAAAGCCACGACUACUGYGUGCACAAGUACAUCAAAGACUUCAAAACCAAGAAAAACAGACUUUGCGCGGCGAUAGACAACCUGAAUGCGUGUUACAAUGCAGCGGCGAAGACUUGUGAUGCUAAAAUCCUAAAAGACUUUGCCAAGAUAUUGAACAAGGUAGCCACACGAGUGACCGAGAACCUGAAGGCAAGCAAGUCUAAGAUUUGCGGUGAUGUUGAUUCUGAUCAUGAUUAAAGAAAACAUUGACAUAGCCAUGCAAGUGCAAGUUUCUGACAAUAGUUUUAGUUGUUAAAUGAAAUAAAAUUACUGAAAAAGAAAUAAAAUGGAUACAAAGGGAA